CUCGCCCUUGCUCAGAGCGUGGAUAGGACUACUCAAUGUUAAAACUAUUACCAUGAUUGUGUGAAUGGAUUGUAAUUGAUUAUCCACCAUGGAUUCUCUGAUUUUAUUCUGGACUCAAGUCAUCUUAUUAGUUUCAACAGGAUCGGGAAUAUUAGGACAAUCUCCAGGUGAUGUACGACUGGUUGAUGGUAGUUCCACUCUGGAAGGAAGGGUAGAGGUGUAUUAUGAUAACCUUUGGGGUACGAUAUGCAACCGAGGAUGGGAUAGUACAGACAGUGAUGUAGUCUGCAGACAGCUAGGUUUUCAAGUUUCUUUGAGUAGUCCAAGUUUCGGGCCUGGCAUUCCAACACAACGUAUCUGGUUAGCUGACGUCCAGUGUGAAUCAUCCGACCGACGUCUGAACGAGUGUGUUACAGACGGCCAGUGGGGACAGACCUCUACAUGCCCUCAUAACAACGAUGUAGGUGUUAGGUGCUCAGGCCGAGUUUAA